ACUCCUAAGCUGAUCUGUUGCGCAUCGCUCCCCGGCGUGGCGGCUUAUUGCGGCUUCAGUGAUCUGGAGCGUGUGUCAUUGAGGCGAGAUCGAGAGGCGAGAUCUGAUGAUGCGGCGUGGCAGCAAGACCACCCGGUCAUCCGACGGGAGUGGCGGCCUGCUUGGGUUCCGCAUGGCGCCCGAGACUCCCCGCAGCAUCGACAGGGAGGGCCGGAGGGCAUCUGGGUCGUCGGCAAGAGGCACGCCCCGCGUGCAGCGGCUCGAUCAGUGUGGGGUGUCGGAUGUGUCAUGCGACAACACCCCCGCAUCCGCACAGCAGAGGGAUAUCGUCACCACUGCGAUGCCCGCGGCCGCCAAGACGGGGGGCGAUUCCGGCACAGACACUGAGGGGAAGCCAGAAGGGAAGCGGCUGCACGUCCUCACUGGUGGGUGGGUGAGGCGGGAUUCGCUCCCUCGUUGGCCGUGUCUCCGGCAGUCUGCAGUGGCGGUGUGUUGUGUGUGAUGUGAUGUGUGCAGACACUCGUGAGGGUUUGCCUUUGUCGCUGCUGAAUGACCUGGAGCAUGCCAACAAGCCUCAUGAGCGCGAGAGCAUCCUGCUGCGGUAUGCCAUGCAGGUCAAGAGGGACCUCAUCAUGGCCAGGUGAGGCGGAGUGGGUGAGGGAUGUCGAUCAAUGGAUGAUUCACUCAUCCACUCGUUCUGGACAAUCUUGAUUGGCGGAUGGUUGGUCGUGCUGUGUUCAGGGAGGAGUGCGGUCGUGAGAUAGCCUGUGCUGAGGUGGCGAGGGGCCUGUUGCGCGAGACCGAUGAGGAGAAACACCAACUCGAGACCAAACUGGACACGGUACUCAGCCAGACAGGCAGGCAGGCAGCAUCAACACACACCCUUCUGGCUCGUCAACCGAUUGUCUGCCUGUCUGUUUGUCUGUCUAUGCGACGUUCAGCUGCAGCGCAGCAUAGCUGUCCUCCGUGGCGAGCAGAAGCUGCAGCAGGAGUCCGAUUCGAGCGGCGCCACAUCGACCCUUAUCCACACGCCCAAGGCCGAAGACAUCAUCACCGUCGGGGCGGUCCAGUUCGGCGACAUGCUGCCCCCACGAGCCACAUCCACCGACCACGGGGUGAGAGGAGAGGGAGUCACUGAGCGGAGGGAGGUAGUCAUGUCAUGACACUGAUUGCAUGAUUCGUUCCAUUAUUGUGUGUUGGUCCAGUCGGCAUGGUCUGACAGGAGCCACUUCAGUCCCCAGGUGCCGCCCCCAGCCAAGCUGACCGACAGGGAGAAACGAGUCAGUGUUGACUCCACACACACAGGUGAGGGAGGGAGGGAGGGAGGGACAGGCGACCAACCAACGCAGAUAGAUACGUGGCCCCAUGAGCACAUGUAACCACAUGUAUGUAUCUGUUCAUGUCACGUCUGUCUGUCUGUCAGGUGGCGGCAACGUGUCGGUCGAGUCAGAUGUGGACCCAUGGGUGUCGAUCGUCGAGCGGUGAGGCAGGCAGCCAGGCAGCCUGGGAGAGAAAAGACCGACACGCACACACAAGGCCCCUUGUAUGUUGUGGUGUGUUGUGUGCGUGUGGGUGCGUGUGUGUGCGUCAGUGCGUUCCGCCGGUACCGUGAGAUCUGGACGGAGACUGGUGCGGUAGCCGAGCAGGAGUGCGUGUUGCUGUACAGCAUCCCCCGCAGAGGCCGCAACGGGGAGGUCAACAACCAGUGGUUCGAAUGCACACUCGCCUACCAACCUUACAACAGACCGGGGGUAAGCCAGCGACCACUGCACAGACAGGCUUGCGCUCAUGCGUUGGUGUGUGUUGUAUUUGCGAAGAUGUGGAGUGAGAAGACCUUUGAGUUUCUGCUGCAAGACCCCGUCAACGGCGACUUCCUCUUCCGCGUUACGCUGCCCAAGACGGAAGUCCCAUGCAUGUUCUUCGUCAAAGGUGCGACACUCUCACACACAUGAUUGAUACUCACCGUCCAUCCAUCCAUCCAUCGGCCCUCUCUCUCGCUGUCUGUGUGUCUGUCUGUCUGUCUGUCUGUGUGUGUGUGUGUGUCUAGAUCCCGUCUCCAACGCCAGCGACCACCCCAACAUGGCCCACGACCAAUUCUACAAGUAUGCACCCGCACCACCACCCAUCCGACACACAUGCACACACCCAUCACCCAUCCCUGUUCACCUAUCGUCAGCCUGGUCAACAUCUCGUUGAGCUCGUUGCGCGACGGUGAGAUCCUGGACGGCGACCGUCUGAGCAACAUCGGCAUUGCCAUCCGUUUCGACGGCUGGGAGGACGAGCAGGACGGCGACACGCCCACCGGGUGGCAGGAGGUCCGCACCCACCGCCCCAAGCCCACAAGACACUGGCUGCACUUCCUCGACGAGACCGACGGGUCAUGGAAGGAACUGCCCUUCGUCGACCGAACAGCCCUGCUGCUCAACGCACGGGCCGUCACCUUCGUAGUGAGAUGGAAUGGAUUGAUGAGAUGAAGGACGGGGCGGGGCUUGGGGGUGAGGGUGAUGCAUGUACGCGUGUGUGUGUGUGUGUGUGUGUGCAAUGUGUGUCAGAUCCGCAACCAUGACGGGUCGCGUUGGCUGAACGGCCCCGACGGGACCAACUUCCGCAUCGGUUUCCCCGGCGCGUUUGUCAUCUACCCUGACGGCAACCUCAUCGAAUGCUCACUCGCCAACGCCAUUCCAUGUGUGUACACACACAGACAGACGAGUGCACUGACUGUGAAUCGGGCAGCAUGCGGUGAUUGAUGGUCUGUGUGUGUGUGGUCUGAGUGCAGCUGAGAUUGUGGAUUCGAACGUGACGCCAUCGCCCAGCGGCCGCCCGGCGUGCCGCGCGCCAGACUGCUACUCAAUCGGUACACACACACACACACACAUCCAUCCAUCCAUCCCUCCAUUCCCCUCUCUCUCCCUGUGUGUCGUGUGUGUCUGGUCUGCAGCAACGCCCUACGGCACCCCGCACCCGUCUGAGCCCCCGGUAGACUACUGGUAUGUGGUUGACCAGGACGAGCAGGUGCACGUGGCCAACCACGACCCCCAGUCGGACGGCGACUCGUCCGACCCCACGCCACAGUGGGUGCCCGACCCAUCCGCCGGCCCCUCACCCACGUACACGUCACGACUGCGGCAGCUGGAGCGAUACGACAAGAGGGCGGGGGAGCCCGACCAGCUGGGGACGCCCUCUGACUACCACACGCCGAGGGACUUCCCCAGCCACGGCGACAAGUGGGGAGGUGGGGACCAGCACCAGUUCUACCCUCAGGAGGGAGGCUUCGUGCAGGGCUCGUGAUGGGUGGGAUGGAUGGCUGGUGCAUGAGCAUGACCGACCACACACUGGACUCAAUCGCUUGUGCUGCAUUGCGUUGCGCUGUGUGGGUGAGGGAGGGUGAGGUGGGGGUGGGGAUGUGGCGGGGGAGAGAGAUGGUGUUUGGAGGGAGGGAGGGAGGGAGGGAGGGCUUCAUGAUUUUUCACUGUAUGUGUUGUGUGUUCGUGUGCCUGCGUGAUGGCUGGCUGGCUGGCUGGCGGCUGGGUGGGUGGGGCGUAUCUUAUUUUCCAAUUUGCUGUGAGUGAGUGCCUGGGAAAGGCGCGGAUGUCAUUUAUUGGUCAAUCGAUUGAGGAGGCGGGUGUGCUGUGCUGUGCAUGGCAUGCUGUCUGUCAAGAGGAAUUGACCGAAUCGAAUCGACCAUGAGUGAUGCGAUCGAUGCCAUGAUGGCAGAAAGGCAUGGCAGGCUGGUUUUGUCCAUCCACUCACUACACCAAAGUGGGCAUUUUUCUCGGACCGCCACGCCACCCUUCUACUGCCUGCCUGGCCUGCUUCUGCUCAUCAUCCCUUCCCUCCCUCCCUCCCUGUUCCUUUCUCCUAUGAUAUGAUGUGACAGCCACUCACCCAUGCAUUCACUCACUCCAGACGCCUCCCUCCUAUCGUCCUGUCUGUCUCCUCUUGUCCUUUCUUCUCGUCUUCCCUUUGCCCAUUCACUCACUGCUGGUGUGUACAGGCAGGUAUCUAGCUGUGGACGACGUCAGGCGUACCAAUAUGGGCGGGCGGGCUGCCAUGCUCGAAUCGGUCAUCUACAGGGAGGGAGGGAGGGAGGGAGAGGGGGGAUGCGUGUGCACAUGAGCGUGAGCGUGAGCGUGUGUGGCUGUGUCUUAGUCACUGUGGGGGGGUUGUCGGGUGAGGGUGUGUGUGUGGUGCUUUAUCCAAUUAUCCAAUUCGUCACUGUCAUCAUGCCACGUACAUAACAUGCAUAGCAUGCAUAUCAUCGCAUACCAUACCAUCGCACCGGUCUUUUCUAACUGACAAAGAUGCUGCAAACACACGAUGAAAUGAGCUGCUGCAUGGCAUGUGUGUAUGGCGGGAUCCCUCUCUCGUCGGUUGACCAAGGUCCUAGCCCCACACCUUCUCAGGCUCGGCGGGGUCGGUUCUUCACCGAAUCGAUGUCGGUGACGGAGUGAUAACGCGUGUCCUGUCAAGGUGUGGGACAAGGGCCAAGGCCCGGCGGAGAGAAGAGAAGGGAGAUUGCAGAAAGCCCUCUCUACGCGUGCGUAUAUGUGUGAGUGUCUCGUGCUCGCAUCGCCCCAGCCCACUCUCCACAUGGACGUUGCCACGAGCUAGAUUGCGGAUGGAUGGAUUGAUGGAUGGAUGGAUGGAUGGGUGCAUUCACGCCUUUUUCUGCAGACAAACAGGUGGCCGUGAUGCCCUCUUGGCUGGGCUACCUACCGCCAUGUCUGUAUUUCUCGUAAUUCGCAGGGCUGCCUGCCUGCCUGUCUGGCUGACCGACCGAUGGAUGCCCUGCCUGUGUAUGUCUGACUUGUGUGGCCUGCCUGCCUGCCUGUCUGGCUGUCUGUCCCUCGUCAAUCGGCACGGUCUAUGUGUCUAUCGCUCUGAGGGCCCCCCGAGAGAUGCUAUGCUAUCAUGACACCGAUGAGGGCGGCGGGAUUUUGAUACGGUCUGCGGGAUGUGCGUGUGUAUGUGUAGGUACGUGUGCGCCUGAGCUGGCUGGCUGGCUGUGCCAUGCACUCACUCACUCCUCGUGCUGGCACAAAUUUUUGCGCAGCGUUCAUUUCAUUUCGCCCGGCGAUAUGGGGCGGGCGGGCGGGCGGGGCGGAGAUGGCGGAGACAUGUGUGAUGCGGGCGUGGCUAUUGGUGUUUGCCUUCUCACGUCCAUCGAUGAGUUACUUACAUGUGUGUGUGAUGGUGUAGGGACGUCAGUCAGUUUUCGUUAUGCGUGUGUGGGUGUGUUUCUUUGCGUGGGGGGAAAGAAGGGCAGGGCCUCGAUACCUUGGACAUGGGUGAUGUGAUAUGGUCUGCUCUGGUCUGCCCGCUGCUGCCCGCCGUCUGCCCGCCGUCUUACUGUUUCAACUCACUUCGCCUCACUGAUUUCUCUUAUCCUUCCCCCCUCUCCCUCUCCCUCCCUUUCUCCCUCCCCGUCCGUCCAUCAUCUGUAGAACAGCCUUGCCAAUGGGUUUAGGGCGGGUGUCUCGUCGUUUGUCUGUCUGUCUGUGGUGAUAGUCUGUGCCGGCCGUACCUCUCUACCCCAUUGCCGACCCAAGAGGCUUGUUCAUGGACGAGAGAUAGCGUGUGUGCGUACGUACGUACGUACAAAGAGAGAAAGACAUGAGAAUUGACGUCCGACCAUGCACCAGUGACUGAAUGGAUUCACCCCCCACCACCACAACCAAGCGUGAGG